AUGUCGCACCGAAACACAUCAACAAAAGAUGCGCCCCUGUACGGCGCGCCCAAGCCUGUAAAGAAGCACAAGUCGUCACGCGAGAUAUCCUCCUCAAACACGCUCGCCUUUACUUCGCAGCUGCAGUCCCUGAUCUCAGCCGGCCCCAACUCCUCCGCCAAUAACACCCGCCCAUCCACAUCACGCCCACGUCCCAAGAAGGAAGACAUCUUUGCCUCACACAACCGCAAUGUGAAGAAAAGAGCUGCCAGAGAUCUCGAUGAUGACUCACCUGCCUUCGACCAAAAGCACAGCACAUCCUCCGAAGCCUUAGAUUCUUCAGCAUGGCACCGCUCGAAGCGAAAGAUGGAGGAGAAGGCACGCCUCUACGCUGCAAUGAAACGAGGCGACGUCGGCGAUGAGAACGAAACACAUCUUGUAGACUUUGAUCGCAAGUGGGCCGACCAGCAAAACAAACAGCUAUCCGAUCAAUCCUCUUCCGACGAAGACUCGGACAGCGACAAAGAGAUGGUAGAAUGGGAAGACGAGUUCGGCCGCACACGUACAGGCACCGCCGCUCAACGCGCCCGCGAACAACGACUCGCCCAGCUAGGUUCGGAAGCCGCUUUGCGCUCGCGACCAGACGUGCCUACCAACCUCAUCGUGGGCGAUACAGUCCAAGCAGCUGCCUUCAACCCAGACGAGCCUGUCGCUCAACAAAUGGCCGAUCUGGCCGCCAAACGCGAUAGGUCACUCACUCCACCGCCAGACACUCACUUUGAUGCUUCCAAGGAGAUCAGACAAAAGGGUGUCGGUUUCAUGCAAUUCAGUCUCGAUGACCAGGAACGCAGGAGACAAUUCGAGAAUCUGGAAAUGGAAAGAGCUGAGACAGAAAGAGUGCGUGCUGAGCGUGAAAAGAGGAUCAAAGACCGCAAAGAAGAAAUCGAGAGACGAAGAAACGCCAUCAGACAGAAACGAGGCAAGAUAGAAGCCGAUGACUUUCUGACUGGCUUGGGUCAAGAAUUGGGUGCUCAGCCUGCAAAAGAAGAAGAAAAGGACGGACCAGCGACCAAGGACUAA